AAGGAAGAAAUUGAAGAAUUCCGUAGAUGUCUUCAGAGAAGGUGCAUGUGGAGCACUGUAAAGGCGUCAAUGGCCUCGAUAAGGUCAUCUUAAGGGAGAUUCGCCGUUGCUCUGCUGAGGUAUAUUUGUAUGGAGGUCAAGUCACUUCUUGGAAGAAUGCACAUGGUGAAGAGCUCCUUUUUGUUAGUAGUAAGGCUUCUUUUAGACCUCCUAGGGCUAUUCGUGGAGGUAUACCAAUCUGUUUCCCUCAAGUAUGUGAUUCAAUACUGUUUGUCUUUGCAAUUUUUAUAUAUUUGUUUCUGAAUUCAAGUAUUUUCUGUAUACAGUUAAAAAGUACUGGUUCUCUUGAGCAAUAUGGAUUUGCAAGGAAUCGAAUUUGGAGCAUUGAUCUUGAUCCCCCACCAUCUCCAUCAGAUAUUUCUCACAAGGCCUUUGUUGACUUAAUCCUCACGCACUCUGAAGAAGAUAUGAAGAUCUGGCCUCACAGGUAUGACUGCCGGUUAAGGGUAGCUCUGGGACCUACAGGUGAUUUAAUGUUGACAUCUCGCAUCAGAAAUACAAACACUGAUGGAAAGUCAUUUACGUUUAGAUUUGCCUAUCAGACCUAUUUUUUCGUCACUGAUAUCAGUGAAGUACGAGUAGAAGGACUAGAGACAUUGGAUUAUUUGGAUAACUUGAAGAACGGAGAGCGGUUCACAGAACAAGAGGAUGCAAUAACAUUUGAAUCAGAAGUGGAUAAAGUAUACCUCAGUACACCAACAAAAAUUGCCAUCCUGGACCAUGAAAGGAAACGAACAUUUGAAUUGCGAAAGGAUGGACUUCCAGAUGCUGUGGUGUGGAAUCCGUGGGAUAAGAAAGCAAAGUCAAUGGCGGAUUUUGGUGAUAAUGAGUACAUGCAUAUGCUGUGUGUAGAGGCUGCUUGUGUGGAGGAGCCCAUUACCUUGAAACCUGGGGAAGAGUGGAAAGGAAGGCAGGGGAUUUCAGCUGUUCCUUCCAGUUACUGUAGUGAACAACUCGACCCUCGAAGGCUACUUCUUAGUGGUUGAAUACAUUACUCGCCCUUUUCUGCGGCAUCUCUUGUACAGUUUAAAGACCGCAAUCCGGUUUUCGCAGCCAAUUACCCAAGCAUUUAACUCCAAAUUCUCUUGUGCCAAAGGUUUCAUAUGAAAGGUAUGGUAAUUUUGCAAAUUCUGCUUCUCUGGGUGUUUCAUUACUAGCCCCUUAUUUGAUUCAUUUAGGGUUUUUAGUUGCUAGUAAAUAUUUCUUUAUUGCAUCUGGAAGUCCAUUUUCUUAUGUAAUACUAAAAUUGUAGAAGCGAUUCAUAUAAAAUCCUUCGCUUCUAUUUGUGAGAUUAUAGAAGAACUUGGUAUUUCUAUGGAAUCCAUAUCUUUGCUUUGCUGGGCAGUUGCCCCUUUCAGAUA